GUCAUCAAUUCCUCGCCAUUUCCCGGCUGCGUUUUUCUGCACAGGUGAGGCGUCAAGCCUAGGAAGGCAUCCAAAGCCAAUUUCCAUUUUUCUUUUCCACACUUUCCCACAAACUCACUCGGGAUCACGGCUGCGCAAGCUUCAGCCCACACAGCCUUCCCGCCUCCCGAUCAUCCGAGUAUUUCAUUCCACCCUUUUCGACACUCAUUUUCUCCACAAUCGCUCACCAAGCCCGCAAUCCCUGCCAUCCCUGCCCUCCCAAUCCGUACGCAGAACUCUUCACCGCUGCUGUCUUCCGAGGUGAGCACACCGAGCAGCAGCGCAGCAUGACCCGAACCCACGACGACGGCGGGGCAGUAGCGUCGGAAGUGCCCAACUACGGCUCUUUUGCGGUAGCCUCGGGGGAAGAGCUCGCCGCUGCGGACGAUGCCAUCGCCGAGCAGUCGCUGCUGCUUGCGGACGAGCUACCGAUAGUACCUAUAGACAGAGUCCGCAGCAAUGGCACCACAAAGUCAAAGGCGGCUGCGCACAGCCCGCCUGUCAGCUGGAAGGACCUGCCCAGGAAGGGCCAGCUUGUUGUCAUUGUCCUGGCACGGCUUGCCGAGCCCUUGGCUCAGACCUCGCUCAUGUCGUAUCUUUUCUACCAGCUAUCAUGGUUCGACCCCUCGCAGUCGGCCGCUGAAAUUUCGGGCAAGGCCGGCAUCCUCCAGGCCAGCUUUACUGGAGCCCAGUUCCUCACGGCCAUGGCUUGGGGCAGGGCUGCCGAUUCAAGUCGGUUCGGCCGCAAGAGGGUCAUCCUCUGUGGCCUCCUUGGAACCUUGAUUUCUACCAUUGGCUAUGGCUUUUCCACUACAUUCCAGCAAGCUCUUUUCUUUCGAGUUUUGGGUGGUAUAACGAAUGGGAACGUUGGCGUCUUGAGAACCAUGAUCAGCGAGACUAUUUACGAAAAGAAGUAUCAGUCCAGAGCAUUCCUCCUGCUCCCUUUGACCUUCAACAUUGGGACAAUCAUUGGGCCCAUGCUCGGAGGCCAGCUUGCCGACCUUGCCGGGACCUAUCCUGACGUCUUUGGGCACAUGGACUUUUUCGUCAAGUACCCCUUUGCCCCACCCAACAUCGUGUCUGCCUUUAUCCUACUCUGUGGACUGCUUUCCGCCUGGCUUUGUCUAGAAGAGACACUAGAUGCCCGCCUCGACAAACGGGACUACGGCAUUGAGCUGGGCAAGAAGCUCGCGCGCCUCUUCCAGUCUAGCUGCCUUAAUAGGGGCGAGAAAGGAGGUAGGUACUCGAGGCUGGAGCAGCGGGAGUUCUCUCCCGGGGAUGAAAGUACCGAUACGAUCAACAUGAGCCCCUCUUCCAGCCGCCGGUCCUCGCUGGACGAGGCCCCAAAGCGGCGAGGCGCGAGAUACACACAGCGCUUGUCGUUCCGGCGCAUCUUUACGCGCAACGUCGUCUUCACGCUCGUGGCGCACUUUUUUCUCGCCUUCCACAUCGGCUCGUUCAACUCGCUGUGGCCCAUAUUUUUGUCCACUCCAGUGUACGACCCGUCCCAUCCGCCCAAAUCACCCGACGCCCUGCCCCGCCACCUACCCUUUUUAUUUACUGGUGGUGUUGGGCUUUCUUCCCGGUCGGUCGGGGUGGCCAUGACAACCCUGGGGACUAUAGGCAUCGCGUUACAGCUGGUGCUGUAUCCUUGGCUGUCUGGGAAGCUCGGAACCAUGAAAUCAUGGCGCAUAUUCCUUGUGUGCUUCCCGGUCGCCUACUUUGCCGUCCCUUUCCUCAGCAUCGUGCCGAGCGCCAGCCCUCCGCCCCACGAAAAGUCGGGCGCCCUGGUGUGGCUCGCGCUCAGCCUGGUCCUUCUCUGCCAGGUGCUGGGGCGCACCUUUGCCCUGCCGGCGCAGACGAUCCUGGUCAACAACUGCUCCCCGCACCCCAGCGUCCUGGGCACGGUGCACGGCAUCGGCCAGACGGCCAGCUCGGCCGCGCGCACGAUAGGCCCGUACGUCGGCGGCAUCGUCUACGGCGUCGGGCUGGAGAGGGGCAUCGUCGGCGCCGUCUGGUGGGGGCUCAGCUGCGUGGCCGUCUGCACGCUGGUGGCCAGCUUCUGGGUCCGCGACGGUAACGGCCACGAGGUCUGGCUGGAGGGGGACGAGGAUGAGUGACGGCCAGGCGGAUUGAAGCCGGGGCAUGGCAUAACAGCGAUCAUUCUUUUUAGCAAUAGUCGAUAACGAAACACGCAAUUAUAAAGGCUGAAGCUCAAUACUGGCCGACUCGCACACCUUGGACUCUGGCCUACGAAACGUAGUAUUAACUCGACAUUACACGUGGCCGAGCCAUGACU